UCUCCUAAAACAUCCCUAAAAAACACAAGUUAUCUUGUCUCACGCCGUUCAUUCCGAUGCCGCCAAUUCUCUCUCCUCUAUCUCUGUGGUUACCGCGUGGGACCCACAUCAGAUCUACUUCUUCAACUACUCUGUAAUCUUCACCUCUGCAGCAGAAGUUGAAGAAGAAGUCACCAAUUGGAAUUGUUCAUCAAUUUUCGUUUUGACUGAGUCUCUCUCCCUUUCUUCCCCGCUUUAAUGCUUUUGGCGUAAAAUGGCAAACAAAACGUCCGGUGACAAUAGAACCAGGAGUUCUUUUUCUAUAUUUAUCGUAGUCGGUUUAUGUGGCUUCUUUUAUCUAUUGGGGGCAUGGCAGAGAAGUGGGUUUGGGAAGGGAGAUAGUAUUGCUAUGGAGAUUACAAAAAGUGGGGCGGAUUGUGCGGUGCUCUCAAACUUGAAUUUCGAGACUCAUCAUGGCGGGGAGAUUAAAACCGGGGAUUCUAGUAUUAACACGAAAGUGUUUGAGCCGUGCAAGGCUAAAUACACCGAUUACACUCCAUGCCAAGACCAAAAGCGUGCAAUGAUGUUCCCGAGAGAUAAUAUGGUUUAUAGAGAAAGGCAUUGUCCACCCGAGGAAGAGAAAAUGCAUUGCCUUAUACCAGCACCAAAGGGAUAUGUAACUCCAUUUUCAUGGCCUAAAAGCCGUGAUUAUGUACCAUUUGCGAAUGCUCCUUAUAAAGCUUUGACAGUGGAGAAGGCUAUUCAAAACUGGAUCCAGUAUGAGGGAAAUGUCUUCAGAUUCCCUGGUGGUGGGACACAGUUUCCUCAAGGAGCAGAUAAAUAUAUUGAUCAGCUAGCUUCUGUGAUUCCAAUGAAGAACGGGACUGUCAGGACAGCUCUAGACACUGGAUGUGGGGUUGCAAGUUUGGGAGCAUACCUUUGGAGCAGAAACGUUAUUGCAAUGUCAUUUGCGCCUAGAGAUUCUCACGAGGCUCAAGUUCAGUUUGCUCUUGAAAGGGGAGUACCUGCUGUUAUAGGCGUUCUUGGAACAAUAAGGAUGCCCUAUCCGUCAAAUGCUUUCGAUAUGGCUCAUUGUUCUCGUUGCUUAAUUCCAUGGGGUGGAAAUGCUGGUAUGUAUAUGAUGGAAGUUGAUCGUGUUCUUAGACCAGGUGGCUACUGGGUGCUUUCAGGUCCUCCUAUUAACUAUCAGAAUAAUUACAUAUCAUGGCAACGCCCUAAGGAGGAUUUGAAGAAAGAGUAUGAUAACAUUGUAAAAGUGGCUAAACUUCUUUGCUGGGAGAAGAUACACCAGAAGGGUGAAAUAGGUGUGUGGCAAAAAAGUCAAGAUGCUGAUUCAUGUCGUAGUAAACUAGAAGAGUCCCAGGCUACCGUUUGUAAAUCCAAUCCCGAUGAAGUUUGGUAUCAGAAAAUGGAGACUUGUAUUACACCGUUCCCAAGUGAUGGUGCUGGUGAUCAACUGAAACCAUUCCCUGAGAGGUUGUAUGCAGUACCUCCCAGGAUAGCUAGUGGAUCUGUUCCUGGAAUUUCUGUUGAUGCAUACUUGAAGGACAAUAGUAUGUGGAAGAAGCAUGUAAAAGCUUAUAAAAGAAUCAAUAGCGUACUUGAUACCGGAAGAUACCGUAACAUUAUGGAUAUGAAUGCCGGGUUAGGAGGUUUUGCUGCUGCAAUCUAUUCUUCCAAAUCGUGGGUUAUGAACGUCAUGCCGACUAUAGCUAAAAAGAAUACCUUGGGUGUUAUUUACGAGCGAGGACUUGUUGGUAUCUAUCAUGACUGGUGUGAGGGUUUCUCUACAUACCCGAGGACAUAUGACUUGAUUCAUGCUAACGGCGUCUUUAGUCUAUACAAGAACAAAUGCAACUUGGAAGACAUACUUAUAGAGAUGGACCGAAUUCUGCGUCCUGAAGGAGCAGUAAUAAUUCGGGAUGAAGUAGACGUGCUCGUAAAGGUGAAAAAGAUAGUAUCUGGGAUGAGGUGGGACACGAGAAUGGUGGAUCACGAGGACGGACCAUUGGUUCCCGAGAAGAUACUGGUUGCUGUUAAACAGUACUGGACUGUUGAUGGAGGUAACACUACAUCCAACCAAUAAUCAUAAACCGAAAACACAAUAUGUGUGUCUCAUGCUUUACCCUCGGCAUCUCAUAAGUCAUACCGGUAACAGACAUUCUGAACUGAAAAUUCAUAUUUUCUGUUACUAAAUAUGUGUUUCUUUAGCCAAUGAUAUUAUUCUUCAACACCCUUCUUGAUGGCUUCCCGUGCUCGUCUCUUUUGACUUAUGGCUACCCUUAUUAGCAAUAGAUAAUUAUAGUACUCCGUUGUCGGGAGAAAGAGAUUAAUUAGUAUGGAGUAUCAGUUAUUAUCUGUCUCAUGUUCUAAUCUGUACUCCCCUCAUUUUUUUGUUGAAUCUGUAUUACUUAUUUAUAAUAGUUGCUCAUCUGAGUUAUCUCUGUA